UGGUGAGCCCGGACUGGUUCAGAGAGUGUAGGUUUUCGAUCUGAAGGUGCGUGACUGUCAGGAAAAUGGUGAGAAUGAAUCGUCUCAAUGAGAUUGUGAUGCGCCAGCAGCAGAAGCUCGAUAUCCAUCACGAGCUGAUGCUCACGAAAGAAAAACGUUUGGAGGUUCUCCGAGACGCGGGAAAACUCCAUGCUGUCGAGGCGAAAGUCCGUUCCCUGAAGGCUCAUCGGGAACAAGUUGAAGAGCAGGAGAACAAGAAUGCCAUGCUGAGAGUUGAGCUCGACCAGCUUGCCGGAAUAUUCCGACAAAAACAGACGGACUUCAAUGCACUCGUGCAGAGGGUCGAUAUUCUAGCAACUCAGCUGGACGAGCUUGAACGUAGCGCAGGUUACGUACAACAACUGAAAGACAGACUCGACAAAAAGAAGGCAACUAAUGAAUAUUUCGAGGGCAGCCCCCAAGGAGGUCAGCCCCUCAAAUACAGGAAUACGCUCCCUCCAAACAGCAAGAUAAACCGUCCCUUCACGGCGGCGUCCGCGGCCCUGUCGGCGGCUGUUUCCGGUACACAAGCGAAAGCCGAAAGCGAACUACGAGAUGACGGCGGGACGAAACCAGUGAAAGAUAAGAAAUCAAACCGUAGAGUCAGUUUCGACCCGCUGGCUCUGCUCCUGGACGCUGCUCUCGAGGGAGAAUUGGAUCUCGUGGCGAAAAUCGUCGAAACCAUCCCCGAUCCGGAUCAGGGCAACGACGAAGGAAUCACCGCACUCCACAACGCCAUCUGCGCAAAUCACGAGGAUGUCGUGCUCUACCUCAUCGAAGCGGGUUGCGAUGUGAACGCUCAAGACGCCGACGGAUGGACCCCGUUGCACUGUGCAGCAUCCUGCAAUAACGUCCGCAUAGCACGGGCUCUCAUCGAAGGCGGAGCUUGCGUAUUCGCCAUGACCUAUGGCGAAAAGGACAUACCAUUGGAGAAGUGUGAGAAGAAUGAAGAGGGCUACCAAGAAUGUUUCGAGUACCUCGUCGGCGUACAAAACAGGCUCGAUGGAAAGGUGCACGCGAUGUUCGGAUACGAUAAGGAAAAUGAAGACGAACUGACUUUCGAUCGUGAUGAGAUUUUAACUGUUAUACGCCAGGGUGAUGGCAAAGAGAAAGAAUGGUAUUGGUGUAGGAAAUCCAACGGUGAAGAGGGCUAUGUCGCUCGGAACUUGUUAGCGGCCUUCCCUAGGAAGAAACAAAAGAAACCCCGUUCCGUACAGGAUGAUCAUAACAAUAACAACCGAUCCUCACAGAUGCAGCAAGCAAGCUCGACAUGAAGAGUUAUCUGUCCGAUGAGGCUCCGAUAUGCAUCUACUCAGCCGUUCCCUGGUUCUUUUAUCGCAGUCUCAUGAAAUGAAACAGCUCAUCUCAUAAGAUUUUUCUGCUCUGCGGUCCCUGUAUUGAGUGAGGAACUUGAUAGUCCCCAACAAAGUCAGUUUAUAGCUGUUAUCACUUCACAAGCAGUUGAAAGCCAUGAUAUAAACAAGGCUCAUUCGCGGAAAAUCACAUUCAUGUUUGAUCGAUGAAUAAUCAGCUCUGUGGAAUGGACUCGCCCUCCGAAUGAUCGGAAAGUCUCCGACCCGCGUCGAAGUCAGUGAUAAACAGCGCAGGUCAUUGGGCUCUACGAUGUUACGUUCUCAAACCUGUAUAGGAAAAAAGCCAUCUGGCCCGAUAAGUCUACUGUAAUAUUGUGUAGAUUUCCUCUGAGGAGUCGUCCUCCCUUCUUCGAAUCAUACUUUGAGGGAGCGCAUGUGUAAAUAAAAUAUGGGA